ACGCUCCCGGAAGGUAGUUUAUAAACGGCUUGGUCAGGGGGAAAAGUUUUCAAUUGUAAUCGCUCUGGAAACAGAAACAAGGAGGACGCCUGGGUCUGUAUCAGAGAAAUCAACAGCAAGAACCUUUACCUACAUGAGCAUUACACGUGGAACAUCACUGUAAAGCAGGUGGAAUUUGGGGGCGAUUUCUUAAAGAUAAUCAGCAAUGAGCCAACAAGGAGCUGCACUGCAAACCUACAACAACGAGCUGGUCAAGUGUAUAGAGGAGCUGUUCUUUAAAAGGGACGAGCUGAACAAGCAGAUCCAGCAGGAGGAAGAGGAGAAGACGCGCCUCCAGCAUGACAUCCGCGUGCUGACGGAGAAGUUAAGCCGCGUGUGCGAGAGUCUGGACCGCCGCCUCACCACACGCAAUGAACUGGACCGGACCAUCGCCGAGACGGAAGCUGCGUACAUGAAAAUUCUAGAAAGUUCUCAGACUCUGUUAAGUGUAUUGAAGAAGGAGACCGGAAACCUCACCAAAGCCACAGAGCCCCGGAGCACCAGAGACCGUUUACCCAUGUAGCCAUUUCCUUUACCUUUCCUUCUGAAAUGCUCCGACGCCGUACAGCAUUUAACCCUUUUUCCUCAUAUCUUGAUAUUUUAAUAUCAUUUCCUUUUAUGACCAUGCACUGUAUUUAAAUGAGAUGUUUUUAAAAUAAAGGCUAUUUCUCGUCAUGUCCUUUCGAUUCAUGACCAUGGAAGUUCUCACAACCGACCCCGUUAACCGCCUUCACUUUAUUGAACAGGUUUCCAUGUUUAAACAGUUGUUUUCAUUUUCAAAAUCAAAUGUACACAUAAAUUCAGCCCAGGACAGAAAUACAAGGAAAUGAAAUUGAACGUACAGUACGAACAGCAACCUGUUUCCACUAUGAAAAUAAACAGGGAGGUGUUGGAGGAGUGGAUGGACGGUGUGGUUUUUUUUUUUUUUUUUUUUUUUU